AUGGGAGAAAAAGAAAAGAAGAGGGCCAGCUUGAACGACGGCUUUGUCAUCCAGCCCACUAGUACCCCACCACCGAUUGACACCAGCAAGUGGCCGCUGCUCCUCAAGAACUAUGACCGGCUGAACGUUAGGACGGGGCACUACACGCCCCUCCCCUUCGGCAGCAGCCCGUUGGCGAGGCCUCUUCAGCAACACUUGAAUUACGGUUCGUUGCUUCUCGACAAGCCAGCGAACCCUUCUUCACACGAGGUUGUAGCGUGGCUUAAGAAGAUCCUGCGGGUUGAGAAGACAGGCCAUAGCGGCACUCUGGACCCGAAGGUAACGGGAUGCCUCCUCGUGUGCAUAAACAGGCAAGCGGUUUUUGGCGCAUCCACUCGCCUCGUGAAGAGCCAACAAAGCGCGGGGAAGGAAUACGUUGCCGUCGCGCGUUUUCACUCCAAGCCAGAAAGCAAGGCUAAGGUGGCGCGGGCCCUGGAGACCCUCACUGGUGCCCUGUUUCAAAGGCCGCCUGUCAUUUCCGCUGUGAAGCGGCAGCUGCGUAUCAGGACGAUCUACGAGUCGGAAAUAUUAUCCUACGACGAGGAAAAGCAUUUGUGCGUGUUUCGGGUGUCGUGCGAGGCGGGUACCUACAUCCGUACUUUGUGUGUCCACUUGGGGCUUCUGUUGGGUACUGGCGCGCACAUGCAAGAACUGCGCCGCGUGCGAAGCGGCAAUUUACAAGAAGACGGAAACCUCGUCACGCUGCAUGACGUCCUCGAUGCGAUGUAUGUGUACGACGCAUUCCGAGACGAAACGUAUCUCAGGAGAAUAAUAUUCCCGUUGGAGAUGCUCCUCGUUGGCCUUCCCCGCAUAGUGGUGAAGGAUUCAUGCGUCAACGCUAUUUGCUACGGGGCGAAGCUCAUGAUCCCAGGAGUCCUGAGGUUUGAAAAUAACAUAGAGGUUAACGCCGAGGUUGUGCUCAUGACCACAAAGGGAGAAGCUAUCGCACUAGGCGUAGCACAAAUGUCAACUCCAGUGAUAGCGAGCGUUGACCAUGGGGUGGUGGCGGCGGUAAAACGGGUGUUGAUGGAUCGGGAUACGUAUGCAAUGCGGUGGGGCUAUGGGCCACGCGCAUCCGAGAAGAAGAAGAUGAUUUUAGGGGGGUUGCUGGACAAGAAAGGGAGACCAAACGAGAACACGCCUAAGGAGUGGCUGAAGACGGAAGGGUUCCUCCCCAAAUUGACUGGAGAACCGCUCAUACCACAGAAACCAGCUCUUCAUGUGAAAGGAGAGAAAGAAGAGCAGCCGGAAGCAACAGGAGGAGAGGAAACAACACAGAACGGCGUUACUGAAAAGCUGAAGAAGAAGAAGAGGCGUGCAGAGGAGGAAGAGGCAACUGAAGAUGAGCCCGCGGACAAACCCCAAAAAAAACACAAGAAGAAGAAGCAUCGAGACGUAGAUGAGGACGAUGGAUGA